UAACAUAGAAUUAAACACUUCAAUUACCUAUACGGUUUAUAUGGAUAAGUUUAUUGUUAAUAACUAAAAUCUAAUUUCUGCAUCCGUUUAAAGAUUAAACAUCGAGAAGGAAGAAGGAUAUGCGCUAAAUCCGUGUGUUUUUUAGUAAUAUUACCAAAUCUUGACGAAUGAGAACGAUUGCGUCACAAACCUCGGUUGUCGCCAUGACGUCAUGCACGCUGAUAUUCCUUUUGCUGAUGAUGUGUCACAUGACAACUGUAGAAGGUGGCUCGAAGGAGGACAUGCGCACUCUUCUAUUCUCGAAACUAAACGAUUCCUCCUACACUCCUCGCGUGAGGCCCGUCAAAGACAGCGGUUCUGAACUGAAUGUCAGCAUCGACAUGUUCCUUGUGGCUGUCAACAACGUAGAUGAAGUGGAACAAAUGAUCACGUCGACGUCAUUCAUGAAGAUCACGUGGUUGGAUAUGUUCAUGACAUGGGCGCCUGCGAAUUUCAGUGGGAUCUCAAGCAUCGAGAUUCCCCAAGAUGCUAUUUGGAAACCAGAUUUAGCUUUGCACAUGCACGCUUGA